GGAGCGACAGGUCUCGGGCCCCCAGGCGGAGCGACAGGUCUCGGGCCCUCAGGCGGAGCGGCGGGCGCCGGACCCCCAGGCGGAGCGACAGGUCUCGGGCCCUCAGGCGGAGCGGCGGGCGCCGGACCCCCAGGCGGAGUGACAGGUCUCGGGCCCUCAGGCGGAGCGGCAGGCGCCGGACCCCCAGGUGGAGCGACAGGUCUCGGGGCCCUCAGGCGGAGCGACAGGUCUCAGGCCCCCAGGCGGGGCAGCGGGCGCCGGACCCCCAGGCGGAGCGACAGGUCUCGGGCCCCCAGGCGAAGCGGCGGGCACCGAGUCACCAGGCACGACAGUGGGCUCCGAGUCAACUGGCAUGACCGCUGGCACUGGGUCAGACAUUGGAUCGUCUGGCUGGACAGCGGGUCACCAGGCAUCAGGUCAUUUGGCUCGACAGCGGGCACCGCGUCAUCUGGCAAGGCAGUGGGCUCCGAGUCAACUGGUAUGACCGCGGGCACUGGGUCAGACAUUGGAUCGUCUGACUGGACAGCGGGCAUCGGGUCACCAGGCAUCAGGUCAUUUGGCUCGCCAGCGGGCACACCGCGUCAUCUGGCAAGGCAGUGGGCACCGAGUCACCAGGUAUGACAGCGGGCACCGGGUCAUCAGGUACCGGAUUGUCUGGCUCGACAGCGGGCACUGGAUCAGGUACCGGAUCGUCUGGAUCAACAGCGGGUAUCGAGUCAACUGGCCUAAUAGGAUCGUCAGGCUGGAUCAGUUCAUCAUGCUGGGUAGAGGCAUCAGGCUGAAUGCCGGCGUCCGGCUGAGUAGAGGCUUCAGGCUAGAGGCUUCAGGCCGAGUAGAGGCUUCAGGCCGAGUAGAGGCUUCAGGAGUAGAGGCAUCAGGCCGAGUAGAGGCUUCAGGCCGAGUAGAGGCAUCAGGCCGAGUAGAGGCAU